AUGGCUGCUUAUUCUAGACAGGCCGACUACGCCCCAGAUGAGAAGUGGAAGAUUGAUCAAUUCCUUUUUGGUCUAAGAGGUGAAGUUUCUCAUAGUGUUUCUCAAAGGGAAUUCACUACUUAUGCUAAAUUGCUAAGGCAAUGCUAUGUGGCUGAGAACAGUUUGAAGAAAGUUCAAGAAGAAAGGGAUCAGUAUAGGAGUGGACAGAAGGACCAAGGGAGGUCGGGUAACCAAUUUAGGCCUAGACCUCAAGAUUUCAAGGGAAAACAAGUGCAACAUGAACGACCUAACCAUCCUCCGCAAUGUCAAGUAUGUAAGAGGUCUCAUUUUGGAAGAUGUGUCGGAAAUGGAAUUAAAUGUUUUACUUGUCAGAGGGAGGGACACAUGGCUAAGGAUUUCCCUCAGAAUAGGAAUCAGAUGAAAGGGAGGAGCACUGGCCAAGUUUAUACUUUGGAUGCAAGGAAGGCUAAGAGCAACAAUGCCUUGAUUGCUAGUAUGUGUCUCGUCAAUGAUCAUCCUUGUUUUGUAUUGUUUGAUUGUGGGGCAACACACUCUUUUGUAUCAAUUCACUGUAUGAAACGUCUUGGCUUGCAAGCAAUUCCCUUGUCUCCUUCUAUGAUGGUCACUACUGCCAUGGAUGAUGUGGUUGAGACACCGUUAAUUUGUGAAAAUUGUUUGCUCUCGGUGAAUGGUAGAAAUUUCCAGAUUGAUCUUAUUUGUUUACCACUUAAGAAGGUUGAUGUGGUUUUGGGGAUGGAUUGGCUUUCCGCCAAUUCGGUGUUUAUUGGAUGUGAAGAGAUGUUGAUUAUCAUUCAAUCUAGUGAACCUACUCCAAAGGAUGUAUUGACUACUAUCUUGGAAGAAGUUUUCCCCGAGGACGUCACUUCUCUUCCUCCUGAAAGGGAAGUGGAAUUCUCUAUUAAUCUGAUACCUGGGACGACUCCAAUCUCCGUUUCUCCGUAUCGUAUGGCGCUGUAG